AUGGCCUCGACCUCCUCCUCCUCGCCUCAGCCGCCGCCGCCGGCGGCGGCCGCAGCAGCGUCGCCCGGGGCGGCUUCCCCGUCCGAGGAGCGCUACGCAGGCGCAGGCGGCCGGCCCCCGGUCCCGCCGUACGUCAAGGCGGCGGCGGGGUCCCUGGGCGGCGUCAUGGAGGCGUGCUGCCUGCAGCCCAUCGACGUCGUCAAGACGCGCCUGCAGCUCGACCGCACGGGGGCGUACCGGGGCAUCGCGCACUGCGGCGCCACCGUGGCCCGAGCCGAGGGCGUGCGCGCGCUCUGGAAGGGGCUCACGCCCUUCGCCACGCACCUCACGCUCAAGUACGCGCUGCGCCUCGGCUCCAACGCCGUGCUGCAGUCCGCGUUCAAGGACCCCGCCACGGGCAAGGUCUCCGCGCACGGCCGCCUCGCCUCUGGCUUCGGCGCUGGCGUCAUCGAGGCGCUCCUCAUCGUCACCCCCUUCGAGGUGGUAAAGAUUAGAUUGCAACAACAAAAAGGGCUAAGCCACGACUUGCUUAGAUAUAAAGGUCCCAUACACUGUGCAAGAACUAUAGUUCGAGAGGAAGGCAUAUUUGGUCUUUGGUCUGGAGCAUUACCAACUGUCAUGCGCAAUGGCACAAAUCAAGCGGCAAUGUUCUCAGCCAAGAACACAUUUGACAUUGUUCUAUGGAAGAAGCAUGAAGGGGACGGGAAGGUGCUCCUGCCAUGGCAGUCAAUGAUCUCUGGGUUCCUUGCAGGAACUGCAGGCCCUGUCUGCACAGGACCCUUCGAUGUCGUGAAGACUAGGUUGAUGGCUCAAGGGAGAACUGGUGACAUCAAGUACAAAGGCAUGGUCCAUGCAAUACGAACAAUAUAUACCGAAGAGGGGCUGCGAGCCCUGUGGAAAGGCUUGCUUCCCCGGCUCAUGAGGAUUCCACCUGGACAGGCUAUAAUGUGGGCAGUGGCUGAUCAGGUGAUGGGCCUCUAUGAGCGAACUUAUCUGCAGCCAGUUCAUGUUUGA